GAUCUUCAUGACGGCACUCCGCUGAUCGCUCUUCCACGUUUGCGCUUUUAUUUAUUUUAUUUUAUUAGUUUAUCCCUGCGAGCGCUGGUUAAAUGCGCUGAUUGCAUCGAUCAGCCCGUGCUCUGCCCUGCCGCGUCCCUGUUCUGGAGAAGCUGUGAUAAUGUCCUAUCCUCAGGGUUACCUCUACCAGCCCCCUGGCUCUCUGGCGCUCUACUCCUGCCCGCUGGCCGCCCCGAGGAGCGAGGAACUGGCCCGGUCCUCCUCCGGUUCAGCGUUCAGCCCGUACCCCGGAUCUGCGGCGUUCACCGCCUCGGCCAGCGGAUUCUCCAGCCCUCUGCCCUAUUCCACAGAUCCAGCCACGGGAUUCCCGUCCUACAUGGGCUCUCCGUAUGACGCGCACACUACGGGGAUGGCAGGAGCCAUCAGUUAUCACCCGUACGGGAGUCCCGGUUACCCGUACCAGCUCAACGACCCCGCGUACCGGAAAAACGCCACGCGGGACGCGACGACGACGCUAAAAGCGUGGCUGCAGGAACACAAGAAAAACCCUUAUCCCACGAAAGGAGAAAAGAUCAUGCUGGCCAUCAUCACCAAGAUGACCCUCACGCAGGUGUCCACCUGGUUCGCUAACGCCAGAAGAAGACUCAAGAAGGAGAACAAGGUGACAUGGGCACCACGGAAUAAAAGUGAGGAUGAGGACGAGGACGACGGCGAUGGGGAGAGAAAAGACGAGCGCACGGAUAAAAACAUGGACAACAGUGAAGCGUCUGCUGAGGACGAAGGCAUUAGUUUGCACCUGACAGAUCACUCGUGCUCGGUGGAAUCUGACGGCGAGAAGGUCACGUGCAGAACCGGGGACCGGGUUUGUGAUUCUGGACCCGAUAGCAAGGACAAAUGCGACGCGAGUGAUCUGGACACGGUCCGCGAGGACAGGCAGAGAGGCCCGUCACCCAAGCCGCUGGCCUCCUCUCCUCUGACCGCGGUGGAGGCCCCUCUCUUGACCCAUCAUCACCGAGAGAACAGCACCAACAAAACAUGCCUGGACGGUCCAAACCAAAGCGUCAAGCCUAAGCUCUGGUCGUUAGCCGAGAUCGCCACUUCGGACCCAAAGCAGCAGCAGAACUGUCCCCCAGGUGUUGGCCUUUUGACCUCCACGGCGUCCAGCGCGUCUCCAGCGGGCGCAGUGUACCCCGCCACCUCCAUAUUAGGAAGACCGCUUUAUUACACCUCGCCGUUUUAUAGUAAUUACACGAACUAUGGCAACUUCAGUCCGCUGCAGAGCCAAGGGAUACUGCGCUAUAACUCAGCUGGAGAGGGACUCCUGCACAAACAGAGCGGCGAGCCUCUGCUAAAGACAAAUCCAAACCAGACUGAACAGCAUUUCAGGGCCUCCAAUGCAGAAUCCAAAAAAGACCCCACCGAGGUUUUCACAGUAAGAUCCCAUAUAUAUAUAUAUAUAUAUGAUUACAAGCACUUAAAGAUGGCACGCAGAAAUUAA